AAAGAAAACUCUUGGAAAGCUCGGAGCAGGAGGAGCCGGGAGCCGGACGGCCACCGAUCUCGCUGUCCUGGCGCUGCAGUUGUGUGCCCCCUCGACCUGGAUACGUUGUUGCAACUGUGAAGGAACUAAAUUCGAUUUUGUAGGAGCCUUAUUUUUUUUUGUUUGUUUGUUGGUAGAGGUUCUCGUUUUCCUCCAACACCCCCUUCGCUCUCCCGAUCUUUUUUUUUUUUUCCUUGGGGGUAGAGGGGGAUACACAAGGGGGAAAACAAAGUAAAGGAAUAUGAUUGCUUCGUGGUUGACUUUCGCCGUUCUUUGUGGAACUUUCUGUGCAGGGCCAGGUCAUGGGGAGGCAGAGACGAGGGAAUGCAUCUACUACAAUGCCAACUGGGAGCUGGAGAAGACCAAUCAGAGUGGCGUGGAACGCUGUGAAGGAGAGAAGGACAAACGGCUCCAUUGCUAUGCUUCUUGGAGAAACAACUCUGGCUCCAUUGAGUUGGUGAAGAAAGGCUGCUGGUUAGAUGACUUCAACUGCUAUGACAGGCAAGAAUGUGUAGCCACAGAAGAGAACCCUCAAGUGUUUUUCUGCUGCUGUGAGGGGAACUAUUGCAAUGAGAAAUUUACGCACUUACCUGAAGUAACUGGUCCAGAAGUAAUAUACGAGCCACCACCACCAACACCCUCACUACUCAACAUUCUGGUUUACUCUCUGCUUCCAAUUGCUGUUCUGUCAAUGGCCAUUCUCUUGGCCUUCUGGAUGUACCGUCACCGAAAGCCCCCCUAUGGGCACGUUGACAUUAAUGAGGAUCCUGGUCCACCACCCCCUUCUCCAUUGGUUGGCCUUAAGCCGUUGCAAUUAUUGGAGAUCAAAGCUAGGGGGCGCUUUGGCUGUGUCUGGAAGGCUCAGCUGAUGAAUGACUAUGUAGCAGUGAAAAUCUUCCCCAUACAGGAUAAACAAUCCUGGCAGAGUGAGAGAGAAAUCUUCAACACCCCUGGCAUGAAGCACGAAAACCUUUUGCAGUUUAUCGCAGCAGAGAAGCGAGGAACAAACCUGGAGAUGGAGCUAUGGCUGAUCACAGCUUUCCAUGACAAGGGCUCUCUGACAGAUUACCUGAAGGGGAAUAUUAUCAGCUGGAAUGAACUCUGCCAUAUUGCAGAAACGAUGGCCCAUGGACUGUCCUACCUACAUGAAGAUGUCCCCUGGUGUAAAGGGGAAGGACACAAACCUGCCAUAGCACACAGGGACUUCAAGAGUAAAAAUGUGUUGUUGAAGAAUGACUUGACAGCAGUUCUAGCUGACUUUGGACUGGCUGUACGGUUUGAGCCUGGAAAGCCUCCAGGGGACACCCAUGGACAGGUGGGAACAAGGAGGUACAUGGCUCCUGAGGUGUUAGAGGGGGCAAUCAACUUCCAGCGAGAUGCCUUCCUGAGAAUAGACAUGUAUGCAAUGGGACUAGUAUUGUGGGAGUUAAUCUCCAGGUGCACAGCAGCUGAUGGUCCAGUGGAUGAAUAUAUGCUGCCUUUUGAAGAGGAGAUAGGUCAGCAUCCAUCCCUUGAGGACCUGCAGGAAGUGGUGGUUCACAAAAAGAUGCGGCCUGCUUUCAAGGAUCACUGGCUGAAACACCCUGGUUUGGCACAGCUCUGUGUUACGAUUGAAGAAUGCUGGGACCACGAUGCAGAGGCUCGGCUUUCGGCAGGCUGUGUCGAGGAGCGCAUUUCUCAGAUCCGAAAAUCAGUAAACGGCACUACCUCGGACUGCCUCGUUUCCAUCGUGACGUCUGUCACCAACGUGGACUUGCCACCCAAAGAGUCUAGUAUCUAAGUCCUGGUUCACUUUUGUCUUUCCAGACUCAGUGGAUUUAAAAAAAGUUUAAAAACCCAACAAACAC